AUGGCAGCAAGAAUCAGUGAGGGAGAUGCCAACUUCCAAUGGACAGAACACCUCCCUCUGGCCGUACAUCAAAGGUCAUCAAAUCGUACAGCUCUUCGGAGACUCCAUCUCAGUCGAGCGAAGCUCAAAGCGUCUAGUCGUGCAUCAGCUCUUCUAUCUGGUUUUGCAAUGGUAGCCAUGAUUGAAUUGACGAUCGAGCAAGAUGAAGUGAAUCCAAUUCCAGAAGCUCUUCUUAUAGCUUUCACAGCCUUCGCCUCCCUCCUCAUUGUGGUUCAUAUCACGGCCCUCCUAAUCAGUACCUGCAUUCUUCCCCAACUUGAGUGCUACAUCAGCAUCUGCGAAAGUUCUGAUGGUAGCAUUGACACUCCCUACGAAAAGGUCCGCUGGUACGUUGAGAUGUCAUGGGUCUUCAGUACCGCUCUAGGAAUGCUCCUUUUCCUCGUCGUGGUUGUGCUAGCCUGUUGGGUCAAGUUCUGGAAUAUCUCCAAGUGGUCAGCGGGUGUGUGUUUCCUCAUUGUUGGCCCCGUAGUGGUGGUGUUUGUUCUCUUUGCCAUCUUUUUCUACCGCACACUGAUCUCAUUCAAAUACCAUAAUGCCUCGAAGAUGGUUGACUCACUUGACCGUUGGAUGUCUGAGCUGGAGAAGGGUCAAUGUGCGUCACCAGUUUACCAAUCACCCCCUGUCGUACAUCAUGCGUCAUCGCUUCAACCCAGUCUAGGCACUUCUCAUCGGUCGCAACAAGAAGUUACUUUCCUUUCAGAAACAGAUUUCUUUGAAUUCGUUGUGGUCGGUGGUGGAAUAGCCGGUGUGGUAUGUGCUGAGACUCUGUGCGAAUUGAUCGGUCCCACCGCUUAUGAUAUUCCCCGGAGAGACCCUUCCAUACAUUCGGAGAACUCUAAAUGGCGUGUCUGCCUUAUAUCGUCUUCAGGUACACUGAAGACAGCUGUCAAUGUGCAGCGAGUCACCCGGCUGCUGGAGUCAUUUGAUGUUGCAGAACGAUCCACUUCAGAGUGGUCCAGUGUUUAUCCUAAUUCUCUUCUCAGCGUUAUUGUUGAUAAAGUCACCAGAGUUGACUGUGAGCAAAGAUUGGUGUACUUGGCCGAGAGACCAAUGAAUCCUCUAAAGUACGGACGCAUUUGCUUGGCAAUUGGUGGUGUACCGCGAUCUAUUGUUCCUCAUCAUCCUCUUGUACUAACCCUUCGUGAUACGGAAUCUGUUGCACAAUUUAGAACUCGUCUUGCAGGCGCUCGUCGAGUAGUGUUAGUCGGCAACGGUGGUAUCGCCACGGAGGUAGCCUACGAGAUCGAGGGCUGCCAGGUGAUUUGGGCCGUCAAGCACGAGACAAUCUCAGUGCCUUUUCUCGAUCCGGUUGCUGCACAGUUUCUCCUUAGAUGUGGUCUUGAAAAGAGGCGACAGAGAAAUAAACAAGGCACUAACAAUAAUACUUCUGGAGAGGAAGGGGGUCCCAGUGCACUUAUUCGCACUUUGAGGUACACACUUGCACAGAGGGAUGCUCAUACGGGUUGUUCUGCUUAUGAACUAUUGCCUGUUACAAACGAUGAAGAGCAUAUGGGAUCAGCACUGGGUCCUGAUUGGACACAGGGACAGAGAUUCACCGGUAUUAUUGAAACGGACACGCUCAAUAGACCUCUUAAGGUUGUGUACAAUUGCCAAGUGGACAAAAUCCUCUCUUCUUCUGAGUUUUAUGAAUCUAAAUUGGCAGCAGUGGAGGAUGACGAAGAAGGUCCUUUACUUCCGUCUCCUACACCCACUGAUUGGCCAAUAUAUGUCCUAUUGACUAACGGAGAAUGCUAUGGUGCCGAUUUUAUAAUCAGUGCUACAGGUGUAGAGGCAAAUCUCACCUCCUCGGGAUACCCACAGCCUUCUGCGCCCUGUUCAGUGUUUCUAAAAUCUUCUAAUAGUAUUAAGACAGCGCCUCCUUCGGAAGGUGGUGGAUUGGUGGUAAACGAGAUGAUGCAAUCAAUAUCAAUUCCUGAGCUUUAUGCGGCGGGUGACUGCGCUUAUGCAGGCUGGGAGCCCAAAGCACCUCAUUGGUUCCAAAUGCGUCUAUGGUCUCAGGCUCGGCAGACGGCGUUUCAGGCGGCCAAGAGCAUGUUCUACCACACUGUGGGAGAUGAAGUCCCUCUGGAUUUCUCUUUUGAACUAUUUACUCAUGUCACGAAUUUCUUUGGAUUUAAGGUGAGCAUUACUUUUUCCCCUAAAAAUUCACAAGCUUUAAUAACAAGAAAGGCCUAG